UGCUCGUGCACCGUCACCAGCUGAUUUUGUUCAAAUUUUCACAUGGACGUUUUGCACUGAUUUCUGAAAAAAUGCUGAUUCGCCUUUUUUACAAACCAAAUGUGAGUUUUCUUUUGAUGCUCAUAACUGCAAUUGCGUGCAUGGGAUUCGUGAUGCACUUUGUUCAAAACGAAUUCAUCCGCCUGUCUGCUAACUGGGUGAGCAUGAACUCUACGGUGGCCAAUUUGGAUGGUUUAAUCAGGUGGAAGAGCCAAAUCAAUAGAGAGUACGUGCUCAGCUUCGUCAAAUCAACUAUAUCGCUAGAUAUUAGACAAUGGUACACCUAUUCCAAAUCUGAAGUGGACAUGCUGAGCAAAUUACCCCAAGACAGCUCAGAACUCGUAGAACACAUACGGAGAAACUUGCUGGUGCCACCACCGACCGAUCGGAAGGUUUUGGAAGCAAAAGACACCUCCAAAGGUCAAGCCAAAAAAGUAUUACAGUACUUUGGAAAUAAAAGCCACGGGAUUUUUAUUGAAUGCGGGGCAAACGAUGGAAAUUUUUUGUCCAACACAUUGUGGCUGGAAACUGCUAAUAAUUGGACCGGCGUUCUCAUAGAAGCUGAGCAAAACAACUUCAAAGGUUUAAUGGCGGCAAAACGAAAUGCUUGGCUUAUGCCGACCUGCUUGAGUUUGACGCAACAUCCGUCAAUGAUAACGAUGGAAAAAUCCGGUGCCUGGGCGCGCAUAAAAGGAGACACACACGUUUCGGACCCAACGUCUGUUCAGUGCAUGCCGUUGUUUUCAAUUCUGCUGGCUAUCAACCAGACCAUAGACUAUUUUAGUCUCGACAUAGAGGGCCACGAGCUCGAUGUCUUGAGAACUGUGCCAUUUGACCAAAUCGACGUGAAAAUGUGGUCCAUCGAGCACUCGAAUAUUCAAGAAGGGGGUGAUAAAUUAAUGGAUUUUAUGAUCCUGAACGGCUACGAAGCUUUAUCGUCCACCCCUGAGGAGCAGAAAGGGAAGUGGGCGCAGGAGGAUUUCAUUUUUGUCAAGAAAGAUUUUGUUACCGAUUUUAAUGUUCACGCUAUUCACAACCAUUAAAUCUUUUUUGUUCUUUUGUUUCAAUGAAUUAAAUUUUUAACUUGAAUAAAAAAAAAAAAU